GAAAAUUAUAGGCACGAGGAAAAAGAGGAAAAGAGGAAAAAGUGGAGAAAAAAAUGGUAUUGAAGCCACAACACAUCCCAUAUAACCCCUCAUCAACGCACUGUCGUAUUCAUUCUUUGCUUCCGUAAAGCAUUUUCUCUCCAAAUCCAUCCAUACUUUCUUUCCACAUUUUUCCACUUUGCUUCUUCUCUAAUCCAAAUCCCAAAAUCAUUAUUAUAGAUCAGAUUUAGUUGAAAUCAGGUUUGAUCUGGAUCAUGUCAGGUUCACCAUCAUCAUCAUCGGCAUCGGAAGAUGAAGAUGAAGGAAUCGAUUCAUACAGAAAAGGUGGAUAUCAUGCCGUUAGAAUCGGUGAUUCAUUCUCCGGUGGUAGAUAUAUCGCUCAGCGAAAACUCGGUUGGGGUGAAUUCUCCACCGUUUGGCUCGCUUAUGAUACUCGAUCAUCCGAAUACGUAGCCUUGAAGAUUCAGAAAAGUGCGCCACAAUUUGCUCAAGCUGCUGUUCACGAAAUUGAAGUCCUUUCUGCUAUUGCAGAUGGUGAUCCCUCUAAUAGUAAAUAUGUCGUUAGACUUAUUGACCAUUUUAAGCAUACAGGUCCAAAUGGUCAGCAUUCCUGCAUGGUCCUUGAAUUUCUUGGUGACAGCUUAUUGCGCCUAGUCAAACAUAUUCGUUAUAAAGGCCUUGAACUGGACAAAGUUCGGGAAAUAUGCAAGUGCAUUCUAACCGGUCUAGAUUAUUUGCACAGGGGACUUGGAAUUAUUCAUACAGACCUAAAACUUGAAAAUGUUCUUUUACUUACCACGAUUAAUGCCACAAAGGAUCCAAUUAGAUCGGGAACAAGUCCCAUACUUGAAAGGCCUGAAGGGAUUCCAAAUGGAGGAGCAACGAUGAAUAUUAUUGAAAAAAAGUUAAAACAAAGGGCAAGGAGGGCAGCUGCCAGGAUAUCUGGCAGACGAGCUUCAAUGGGUGGGGUGGGAGGAGGUGCGAAAACAAAUAGAAGUCUUAAUGGGAUCGACUUGAGGUGCAAGGUUGUGGAUUUUGGAAAUGCAUGCUGGGCUGACAAGCAGUUUGCACAAGAAAUUCAAACACGCCAGUAUCGAUCUCCAGAAGUUAUACUUCUGUCUGGAUAUUCAUUCUCUGCUGACAUGUGGUCUUUUGCUUGUAUUGCAUUUGAGCUUGCCACUGGUGAAAUGAUGUUCACACCCAAAGGUGGACAAGGUUUCAGUGAAGAUGAGGAUCACCUUGCUAUGAUGAUGGAGCUUCUAGGAAAGAUACCUCGGAAGAUAGCCAAUGGUGGGGCUCGAUCUAAAGAUUACUUUGAUAGAUAUGGAGAUUUGAAGAGGAUCCGGAGACUGAAGUACGGGUCUUUAGAAAAAUUACUUAUUGACAAAUACUGUUUUUCUGAAAUUGAUGCCCUUGAAUUUGCCAAAUUUCUUUGUCCGCUUCUUGAUUUUGAGCCAGAGAAUCGACCAAAUGCGCAGCAGUGCCUGCAACACCCAUGGCUCAGUAUUAAAAGUCUAAACCAAGCAGAGGUUAAGAGUGAAUCUGGUAUGGAAAAGGUUAAUGUCGGGAUGAGAAACCUACAAAUGAAGGCCGGUAAGUGAGGUAUGAAUGAGUGGAGUCUUCUCACUGCAGCACCUGUCUGUUGCCUUCUCUCCUCAGUUUCAGAUUAAUUGUGAAUUAAUUUUGGAUUGUUUUUAAGGGUUAAUUAGGUUCAAGUCAUUGGUUAGACUUAGAUGUAUUAAUUUUGAUUGAUUAUCACGAGGAAAGGACCUCCAAAAGGAGAAACGGGCGUCAGUCCGGAAAUAUUCCCAGGUGAAGCUUCUACUUGUUAUAAUGAUGAUGUCAUUCACCAACGAGAUGAUCCUUCAUUCCACGAACUACUAAGUUGGCCAUGUUCUUUUAAAGACCCGGAGGAAGAAAGUAAGCUAAAGAGCUAGUAUUAUAUGGCAUCAUCUGGACUCAGCAUUAGCAAUCUAGGAAAGAAUCUUUGGCAGCCUGUAGAGAACAUCAAUGGUAGCCUCUUGAUAUGGAGUGUGUUAUGUACAUUAAACAUCGAAAGAAUUGGAUUCUGCGGAGGAAGUUUAUUCUCCAUUUCUGCAGGGAGGAAAGAAUUCCUUUCUUUUUUUAAUUUUAACUCAGGUUGAAGUCUUGUAACAACUGAUAUAUAAUUUUUUUGUAUACAUCACUCUGAAAUAUUAGUUGGCACUCAAUUUUUACGAAGAA